AGCGCGAUCCGCGUUUUAGUAUACGAUUGUUUCGUGAACGCGGUUGGAUUCGGCGAAUGGUCGCGGGCGAUACGUUUUUUUAUCAUAAUAUUGUUGUUGUUAUUGUUAUUGUUGUUUUUUGAACCCCCCCGAAAGAAAUUUCGCAUUACCCGCGGUGAAAAUUUUCACAAAUUUACUCGAUCGCCUCGCGAUUCACUAAUACCACAUUCGCUGAACCUAUUUAUAGUACGAAUAUCGAUACCUAUACCUUUUACGCGAAAUUUUGCGAUACAUGGAAUAUGCGCCGGCGUGAUUUGCGGCUUUUUGCGACGUUUCAUCGGGUGAACUGUGCGAGUUUUCGGGUGAAAUAUUUGUAAUCUUUGAAAAAAAUAAAAGUUUUUGGUUCACCGAAUCUAUCUACCAAUCCCAACGACGAUAAAACAGCAUCGAAGAAGGCCAAUUUGCGCGGCGUUUAUAUAGUGUGGUUUUUUUCAAUUUGUUUUUCUCAAUACUUAAUAUCUAAUUGAUCGAUUUCUUUUUGAUAAUAUUCAUAAAAGUAAUACCAUAGUUGCAACGACGACCGGAUUUUAAUACCUUUAAUAUAAGAUAUUAAACGUAUAAAUAGUUCUUUUAUUAUCAUUUAUUCGGUUUAAAAGUUUUUAUAAUAUUUUAAAGUUGAAAUCUAUAUGUGCGACCAGUGUUUUAUACGGAUAUUGCUUGGAUACAUGACCUAACAGAGAUUAUAACACUUCAACUAUUCGCAGGAAAGCCUUGUGAAAAAAGGCAAACCACCGGCGAAUAUAAAUCGAAAUUGAAAAAAUACAAUGGCGGCCGGCGAUUCGCUAGACGGUCAGCAUGCUCAUCAUCAGCAACACCUCAGCGUUAACGGACCUCCGACCUCGCUGCAUCAAGACGUCGAUGGCAGCGGUUCGGUGGUAAAUACUUCUAAGUCUGCAUUCAUAGAAUUACAACACAAUCCGUACAACACGAGUAGCGGAAUAAGAACAGCAUACCAUCCGCAUCACUUUAGCCACCAAAGUUUACAGCAGAACACAGCUUCCAUACCUCAUCAUCAUUCAGUCGAUACGGGGGGAUUUGUUAGUUCGAGAACGCCGCUGACAGCGUAUUCGUUUUCGACGAUGCACCAAAAUUCGCAAUCUGGUUAUUUAGGUUCCUAUACUCCGAAUUGUCCGUCUCCCAAAGAAGAAAAAUGUUGUUUGGACGAUACUUCGUUACGAGUCAAUGGUAAAGGCAAAAAAAUGCGUAAACCAAGAACCAUCUAUUCGAGUCUUCAAUUGCAACAGUUGAAUAAACGAUUCACAAGGACGCAAUAUUUAGCAUUACCAGAACGAGCUGAAUUAGCUGCAUCAUUAGGUCUAACGCAGACUCAGGUAAAAAUAUGGUUCCAAAAUAGACGCAGCAAGUUUAAAAAAAUGAUGAAAGCGGCUCAAGUGACCGGUACCCCUAACAACAAUAGUAAUAACAAUAAUAAUAAUAUCAGCGGCGGCGGGCCACACUCGCACUUGGAUACAACACACGGUAGCAAAGAUCUCUCAAAUACUUCUAGUAUGACAGAUAGUCCCGAAUCAUCUGUCAGAAUAUUGGAUAAUAAUAUGUCAAGAAACCAUUUAAGCCCGAAAUUAGGCUGUGCACAAUUAGAAGACAGACACCAAAGUCCAAGUCCUAGCCCAGACUGUGACAUAGGACCAUCUCAAAACCAUCAAGUCUGGGAUAUGAAACCAAAUCUUUCGAUAUCGCCUCAUCUAGCUCCUAGAUAUCAUACCGGUCACAUGGUACCUCAGUAUGGCUGGUAUCAACCAGACACCAACCACGGACUAUUAACGUAAAUUUAUUUUUACAACUUUCAUCGCGUCUGUUUGAUAAAUUUUUUUCUACUUAACAGCCUUUUCUUUCUUUUUCUUUUCUUUACACGAACGGACGCUUAUAUUUUUUUUAAAUGUUGUUUGUUUUAUUUGUUUUUAUUUUUUGUUUUUUCUUCUCGUUUUUUUCCCUCUCUCUCUCUCCCUCUGUCUCUCGAAACCUAAAAGUAGUUUUUAGUUAAUUGCUUACACUAUCUACGAGCAGUAAAUUUGUAAUUCGCUGAAAUUAUAUCGUUAACGUGAAAGCUGUGGUGGUAAUGAGCUUAAUAAUUACUGUUCUUUGAUAAAGUUUGUUUCAUAAACAAAUUAAUCAAUAUUCAUUUCUGUAAAAAAAAAAAAAAAAAAAAAAAAGGUGCUUAUGAGAGGACAUCAGAAGUUAAAACUGUUUUGUAUGAAUUUGGAAUUAUCAAGGUUGGGAUUUUUAUUUAUUUUUUCAGGGUUGAGGUGCAACUCAGGAUCUCUUUUUAGAUUACAUCUCAUCGUCGAUUAUAGUUUACUGCUUUGGCGAUUGUUCUAAGGCCUAUUUUAUAAAUAAAUUGCGACGACUACCUAAUAAAACUGUUUUUCCUUCAGGCAAUUGGCGUAAAGUAAAAUAUUUUCUAAAAUUAACCAAGACAGAAGUUCCUCGACGUCUUCGAAAAAAACUGUACGAACUCGAGCACCUCCACAGCUAUUUUUUUUACAUAUUUUUACUCGAUGAAAUGAAAUCGCAAUUCCAUCAUCAUUCAGAUCUCCACUUUAUCAAACACCAUUUAAGCUUGUUACGGUACACGAGACAAAAUUUUAUCAGUGGGAUGAAAGCUGUUUUUUUUUCAACCAUACCACAAGCUUUCAUUCUAUACAUGGCUGUGAAGAUAAAACACCAGGCUUUGAUAAGGUGUUUAACCUAUACUAUAGGCGUUCACGCGGCUCUGAAACUGAAAUCCGACACAAAAUAAAUACAACAAAAUAUUUAAAGAGCUUACAAACGCCUAUAGAAAAUAUUAUGUAAAAUAUCGCGUUGUAAAAUUAAGGCUAUACCUAUACCUAUAGUAUCUAGCUACCUUAUAAACAAGAUAAAAAAUCACCAACUCUUUUUCAUAGACAGCGAUUUUACAAAUACUGCUAACUCUGGUAACUUGAUAAACAAACGUAAUCAUUUUUUCUCUCUCGUUGACCCAAUUUUUAUAGGCUAAUUAGUAGCAAGUCUUUCCAUCCUUUUUUUCGAGGUUUUCCGUAUUUUCUACGUGGUUUUGUAAAAAAAAAAUAAACAAAUGGAAUUCCCCAUAAUAAAUUUUGUGUCGUUGAAGCUUAUUAUACUACGUGUUAUUUAUUGUACAUUAUUUUCAAAUAAGCUUGUCCCUUGUGUUUUUUUUUUCUCUCUUUUCUAUUAAAGCAAUGUUGAUAUCGAGUAAAGUGUAGUAUUAAGUUGUGUAUUUAAGGAAUUUUUUUUUCUUUCUUUUUUGUGUAUUAUAAAAAUUUUAUUGUUAUUGUACUUAUUGUUCGACGGACCGUUUUGAUCUACCCUAAAUGUGUUAUAGUGUAAAACGUAGAACAUUAUAGACAAUUUUUGAACAGUGUAAAAAUAUGAUUAUUUUUUAUUAUAGUUUUUCAGCUGAUUAUUUAAUAUAUAUUCGGGAUUGUAAUUGUUACCUUAAUAAAACGUAUAAAUAUA